GUUUGUAGAAGCAGUCUGCAUGCCUAGGGAAUUGAUUGUAUACACCUGUGUCCAUGGAGGGGAUUGGAACACCUGAAUCACAUGAUUGGGAGGGGAUUGGAACACCUGAAUCACAUGAUUGGGAGGGGAUUGGAACACCUGAAUCACAUGAUUGGGAGGGGAUUGGAACACCUGAAUCACAUGAUUGGGAGGGGAUUGGAACACUGAAUCACAUGAUUGGGAGGGGAUUGGAACACCUGAAUCACAUGAUUGGGAGGGGAUUGGAACACCUGAAUCACAUGAUUGGGAGGGGAUUGGAACACCUGAAUCACAUGAUUGGGAGGGGAUUGGAACACCUGAAUCACAUGAUUGGGAGGGGAUUGGAACACCUGAAUCACAUGAUUGGGAGGGGAUUGGAACACUGAAUCACAUGAUUGGGAGGGGAUUGGAACACCUGAAUCACAUGAUUGGGAGGGGAUUGGAACACCUGAAUCACAUGAUUGGGAGGGGAUUGGAACACCUGAAUCACAUGAUUGGGAGGGGAUUGGAACACUUGAAUCACAUGAUUGGGAGGGGAUUGGAACACCUGAAUCACAUGAUUGGGAGGGGAUUGGAACACCUGAAUCACAUGAUUGGGAGGGGA